AUGGACCUGCCACCGCCAACGAAUUUUUUUCGAUUUCGCCAGGCCUCUGUUCAGCCUAAGCUCUCACUCACAAACGAAAGCCAUGGCCAGCGCGAGAUGGGAAGCCCGGAGAAUGUGUGGUCAGGAAAUGACACAGACAACAAUACGCAUACAGCCCAAGGGGGCGAUAGUAUGAAGAGGAAGCGGCCAAUUUCAGACCUCCCAGAUCGGUUAGAGAGCAUUAUCCAAGCCCAGGCCAAGCUUAUCGAAACACAUAUUCUAAAAGCACAAACCACACCAGCCAGUCAUGAACGGCUAUCAGAUGUCCACUCGCCUUCAAGGCUACCCGCAUCAGAGCAUUCUUGCGACCUUGAACAUGGCCCUCGAAUAGCUCCCAAACAUCAGGAAGGGUCACCUGAGAUAUCAGUGUCUCAGCGAGUUUCCACUCGCAGUAAAUAUACUCCCGAAACACGACUAUUGACACCUAUCACAGAACCAUCUAUAUCUCAAGCACUGCCGCCCCGAAACCCCUCUGCGGACUUUCCAGCUUCCCGCACAAGGCAAUUGGACGACCCCCGAUCCGAUUUUGCGUACCACACUCCUUCCCUACAAUUAACAACACCGCUAUCUCCUUCGCAAAGCCAGCCAUUGACCAAUUCUGAUGCCGAUCUACCGCCUUAUGACCUACUGUAUGCCUUGGUAGAUCUGUACUUUGAACAUAUUAAUACAUGGUGCCCCAUCCUCCACAGGAGAACAACGCUUGAUACAUUAUUCGGGCCAUCUCCGCUGAAGGAGGAAGACCGAAUGCUGCUUUAUGCAAUUGUCGCCACCACCCUUCGAUUUUCCACGGACCCUCGCUUGAACGAGGAUAAUAGAAAGCGCUACUAUGAGAUUUCUAAACAAAAGGUUCUGAUUUAUGGAAUAUAUAAUUCUUCCGUGACAGCGUUGCAGGCUUUGGUUGUUUUAUCUCUAGACUUUGUUGGCUCUUCUCAUGGUCCACCAGGAUGGAAAUUGCUAGCUUUGAUAGUUCGAUCUGUGGUUCAACUUGGACUAGCCCAAGAGUCUACAUCAUCGCUCGUCGCAAACAUGUUUCCAUCCAUUUAUACUUUACGAGCCAACAUUCUUCCUGAUCCCAAAACCUGGAUCGAGGAAGAAGGACGACGCAGACUGUUUUGGAUGGUAUAUUUGCUGGACCGGUACUCCACCAUUGCCACAGCUUUCGAUUUUGCACUGGACGACAAAGAAAUUGAUCGAAAAGUGCCGUGUAAAACUGAUUACUUCCUCAGAGAUCAGCCUAGUGAAACUAGAUGGUUCGAAACCCAGUCAAGAACCGAUUACAUGAACCGAAGAGACCACCUAGGCUCAUUCGGGUUUUAUAUAGAAGUGCUUGGUAUCUUAUCGAGGAUUCAUCUUUUUUUGAAGCGCCCAGUUGACAUUGGGGCCCUUCCAGAUGUGCAACAGUGGCAGUCCACAUAUAGAACGCUUGAUAACGAGCUGUCAAUAUGGGAAUAUCACUUGCCAAAGGCGUAUUCUUUUGAUAAGUCGCGCUUGAAUGUCAUUCCCAGAGGAUGCAAAUCAGCUCAUUGUGGAUGGGUUAUGCUCCACGCCGCACACCAGACGUAA